ACUUCCUCGUCAGGUUGUUCGACAGCAAUACUUCCUUGUUGUAGUCGGACAGGUCUGAAGUCAUGAAGGACGGUACCGAAGCAGCAGAGCGGGACGACGUUUACCGCCAGGACGUUUACGAACAUUACCUGAAUUACUACCUCCAGGUGAGCUCCGAGGUUCGGCCGUGCCGCGACGCCCGACUGCUGGAGGAGGUGGCUCGGUAUCUCCUGAGGGGAGCCGAGCCCGCCGGGACUUUCACGGUGUUCCCGUUCUACCAGGCGGUGACAGAAGUGACAGAGGGCUGUGGCACUGAGAGCAUAGACUGCAGGAAACACCUGUCUGCCUUCAUCAAGGCCACCGAGCUGCUGGAAACUCUCUGCGUCAAUCUGUUCCUUCAACCCUGGAAGAAGGAAAUCAAGACUCUCAAGACUUUUACCGGUCCUUUUGUUUACUGUCUGCUGCCAGUCCUUAGCAGAUCCACCAUUCAGUCUGUCCUGACCUCUAUCGGCUACCUGCCCCAUGCUAAGGCCCCACAAAGUGAGUUCAGGCUCAGUGAUGAUGCUAACAUAGACAGAGCUAUGCUGGUGGGCUUCGAACUGCUGCUGGCCAGGGUGGAAUGUUACCACCUCCUGGAACUCCUGGAGAAGGAUCAACUGGGGCCGCAAGAGUGUCUGGAGGUUCUUCAAAGGAGAGUGCGGCCUACAAAACUAAUGGAACUCAUGGAAAAAAAGACAAUAGAAGGACAAAAGGAAGAUGAAGAGGAGGGGAGAAAGAAAGAAGAGGUACCUCUCUAUUUAGACACCAGACUUGCAGUGAACCCUAAUUCUAAGCUUCAGUGCGGCCACCUCAUCAGUGUAGACCAGUCCAUUAUGGAGAUGCAGAGGACCUACCCUGACCUAGCUUUUAGGGGCCGCCCUCUGCUCUCAGAGGAACCUCACAAAGCACAAAGCAGCAUGAGCAGGAAUAAAGCUGAGCUCACCGAAAGACACAGUAUUAAAGGCACCAAAGCAGCUGCUAAAACUAUCGUCAGUAGAACUGAUGGUAACAGGGCUGAUGAAGUACUUGGUGAUAGUGGUUAUAAUUACAAGAACAGUGGUGGAACCACCGGCCCAAGAGACCCCACUAGCAGCAGCUUCAGUAGCACUGAUGGAACAGUUGAUAACGAGCUUGGUGGUCCUUGGGCUGUUUCCCUGCAAAUCACACUGAGGACUGGACCCAAAGCAGAGCAGAGUUUGAAGCCUCCGGUCACAGCAGAGCCUCCUGACAGUACGCAGCAACAAGCCGAUGGACAACAUAAAAGACUGGCCAGAACAGAGUGUCCCUCCCUAAACUCAGGGGAUGAAGAGCAGGAGCUGAGAGAGCUGGCAGACAGGAUGGGACAACUCUGUGUGCCGGAGAACAAAGACGAAGAGAACACAAAUAAUGAAAGGAGUAAAAAAGAGGAGAAAUCAAGCACAGAGAGAGACACAGAAUCUGAGGAAGCAGGUGAUGGUGACAGGUCCAGCACUACGCCGUGAUGCUAGUAGAUGCAGAUCCUCUGUGUCUGAUCCGACAGUGAUGAAAGAGCAGAAACAGCACACUGUGCAUCACUGACUGACAGCAACAGUCGGUCACAGCUGUACAGGCAGUAGACACACGGGUCAACAGGAAGGAGCUGGUCCUGAAAGAGAGGAAACGGGUCUGGAAGAGGAGGAGCAGGUGGCACAGAGCUUUGCAAUAAUUGAACAUAAGAAAUAAUCCUAAUAUAUGAAGACUGAAAAGCCAAGAUUGAUCUGUACACAUUUGAAAGGGCAGAGCAGUAUAUUUAAUGUGCAAACCUAUUUGUGCAUACUGAGUUUGAAUUUAUUGUUUGUAUACUACCAGGCUUCAAGAGAAUACACCCACUUAACGGUUGCCUUCAGACCUUCUGUAAUUCAUACUUUGGAGCAUUGGCUCAGUAUUUCAAGAUGGCUAUCCUGACUGCUAACCCUCCAGGGAAAUGCUCUGUGUAACCAGAUACAGUGUAUAGUUUUGUUUUUUUAUUACUUGAAAUUACUGUCAAUACUGGAAUUUAUUUGGGUAUAACUGCAAGUAAGGACUGUUUUUCAUAAACUUUGCCACAGUUUAUUGACUCUUAACAUUUUGUACUGUCGUUCUGUAGAAUCAUGACUAGGAGUCUGGUGUAAAUGGUUCUUCCCUCUAACGUAUGAUGUGAAUAUGGCAUUCUUUUUCACUGUUAAAGGCCUUUAACCUUGUGUUUAUUGUACAGGUUGCUGGUAUAUUUACAGGAGAUGAAAUAUGUCAUUCACAGUUGCAGAUACAGAUUUACAAGAUGCAUUUUUAUAAACUGACCAUUAUUGAAGACAGGCAUGCUCACUUUGGUGCUCAUAUUGGUUUCGUCUCAGGCCAUGUAUUAAACCACCCGUCAGUCACAUGUUGGUAUAGGCUCCACCUCUGCCAGUGAAGUUUUGGUGGUUCACAUUUAAAUCAGAUUAGGCCUUAAAAUUAUUUUAGGCUGCUGGAUCAAUAUGUUGAUUAAGAUGUUUCUACAGAAAGGGCUGGCAAAGUAAGACUAAGAUGUCUCUAGCAAGGUACUACUUCACUUCCAGGUUAUGUCCAGCUGAGUUUGGUAUGGUUUCAGCUUGAAUUUUCAAAGCAAGAAAGUUUACAUAGAUAUAACAUCAAUAUUGCAAAUUGAGUCUAGACACAUAAAUAUGAUGUGAGGUUUUUGUUGUCCUAUGAAUUGUGAAAAAUCUAUGAAAAUAUCAGAUUGCUGAUCAUUGUUUUACCAAUACCAAAACAAUGCACUUUUGACACUUAAACUCUGUAAUGUAACCCGGCAAAACUUCUCCUAAUGCAUCAGUAUUUAAUGCUGUCUUAACAAAACAAUACAUUUGUCUGAAUAAAGUCAAAUGUGACUGCC